AUGCGCGCUGCAAAAUUAUUCUCCUGGGCCAGCCUCGUGCUGUCCAGUGUGGCUUCAGAACAUUCCAUAUGGCCUCUCGGUAAUGGUUUCGAAAUUGCUGUUGAUAAACAAACAAACCAUCUGUUUAUCACUCAGCGAGGUAGCACCAUUUGGGAUACGGUACCCGGUCAAUCGUUCCUCGGUGCUAGCGCAGGCGAUGAUAUUAUCCUGGAGUCCUCCGGCAAUUUCAAAAUUGAGCAAGUAGACCGGAACAAAUGCGAGAACCAGCAAGUCACCCAAGUCUCCCAUCGCGCCUGGAACGACAGUUUCAACGAUCGUGCUGUGGUUAUUUCCGGUCACCUCACUAGCUGUGGAGAUGAAACCUCAAAAUUCUGGGUUGCGUUUUGGGUGCCACUCAACCUGUCAGACCGCGUUGCGUUUCAUGUUAAUGUCAACCCAGUGGACACAUCGGCAGACCCCCUAAACAAGAUCUUUUUGACAUAUCGCUCACUUGAGACUGAAGACUUCUAUGGUCUGGGAGGCCAAGCAUCCUUCUCGUCAUUGAAAAAUCAAACAGUUCCGAUUUUCUCGCGAGAACAAGGAGUUGGCCGUGGUGAUCAACCCACCACGCGCCUCGAGGAUGCAGAUAGUUUCUUUUCCGGUGGAAAUAAAUUCACGACUUAUACUGCUGUUCCACAGUAUAUUAGUUCAACUGCGCGAGUUUUCCACCUCACCCAAGAAAGCACCGCCUACGCAAACUUUGAUUUUCGUGACCCUUUGGCAGUCACCAUGCGAUAUGACGCGUUAAAUGUCUCCGGAUAUUUCAUGCAGGCAAACAACAUUCUCAACGGUAUUUCCAUGCUUACGGAGUACACCGGCAGGAUGACAGAUUUGCCAAGAUGGGUUGACUCGGGUGCAGUCCUCGGAAUCCAAGGCGGACAGGAGAAGGUCAACAAGAUCGUCAAGGAAGGGCUGCAACAGAAAUGCCCAAUUGCAGGAGUUUGGCUGCAAGAUUGGUAA